AUGGGGAUUGACGGUGAUGUAAAUCAUCGUACGGGUUGGCUCAAGUGGCAAGCAGUCACCGCGGUGCUAUGUGAUAAGAAAUUCCCAAGCAAGUUAAAAGGAAAAUUCUACCGGGUGGCAAUAAGACCUGCUCUGCUAUAUGGAAGUGAAUGUUGGUCUAUAAAGAAGAAUUUUGAACAUAAGAUGGAAUGGAAGCCUAUCUUUGCUAUCUUGCCAAGAUAUGCAGAAAGAUCUAUUGAGAAGAUGGCUAAUCCUGUAAAAUGCAACAAGGGGUUAGCAUGGCCCGAAAUAUUUUUCCAGGGACCCACUCCGACGCCUAAAUCAGUAUCAAUCAAAGACAAAUUGCCUAAUAGGUCCUUUCAAGAGCACUGUGGCUGCAAGGUAGAUUACUACUUAAGACUUAUUUUGACGUGA